UAAGAAUAUGAAAAGGAAAGAAAAUAAAAAGGAAAGAAGGAGAUUAGUUCCUUGAGGGCAACGUUUCUCUGGUCCGGGUCCGGAUCUGGGUUCUCAGUUAGGUUCGGAGCUAGCCUCGGAUGAAGACUUUGUGCGGAUAAGAAGGACUCCAUAACUCUUCUUACGCCAUCGGCCACCACCACUUCUACAAGAACCCCUCUUUCCUCUGCCCACAACGCCUCCAUUCCUAAAGCUUAAACUCCCCAAUAUCUCCCUCUCCAUCUCUGCGCGCUCAGUCUGAAAUAACUGAACCGAGUACCAAUCUGGUUUUUCAAACUGGCGAUCGAUAAUCAGGAGACGACUGUCCGGGAAAUCAAGCCCAAGAGCAGGAGAAUCAUGGGAGCCGGAGGGCCUGAUGACGAGGACCACAGGUGGCCGCCGUGGUUGAAACCCUUGCUGCGGGAGAGCUUCUUUGUUCAAUGCAAGUUACAUGCCGAUUCCCACAAGAGUGAAUGCAAUAUGUAUUGCUUGGACUGCAUGAACGGCGCUCUCUGUUCUCUCUGCCUCGCCUACCACAAGGAUCAUCGUUCUAUUCAGAUACGUCGAUCAUCAUACCACGAUGUGAUUAGGGUUAAUGAAAUUCAGAAGGUGCUUGACAUCAGUGGAGUUCAAACAUACAUCAUCAACAGCGCCAGAGUAGUCUUCCUCAACGAACGCCCACAGCCGAGGCCCGGCAAAGGCGUCACGAACACCUGUGAAGUCUGCGAGCGCAGCCUCCUCGAUUCCUUCCGAUUCUGUUCUCUUGGUUGCAAGAUUGUCGGAACGUCGAAAAAUUUCCCGAAGAACAAGCAAGCGCCGCCGCCAUCGGCGUCGGACUCGGAGGAGUCGUACAGCAGUAGGUGCAGCUACGGCCGGCAGAAGACCAAAGUCCAGAGCUUCACUCCGUCGACCCCUCCCCCAACCGUGGUAAAUUACAGAACGGCCAAGCGAAGAAAGGGUAUUCCCCAUAGAGCCCCACUUGGAGGCCUUAUCAUAGAGUAUUAGCAAGCUAGUACUGCUAUUAGUGUUAAUUACCGUCAUGCCCCACGCAUACAAUGUAGCUAUCAGAAACACCCCCCCACGGCCCCACCGCCCAAUACUCGAGCCUUCUUGGCGAACUGAAGAGGCCGGUACCGGGACGGGGCUUUUCCGUACAUAAGACGCCAAAUAGAUGAUAGGAAUGUGAAAUAAGACGAAGCAUAAGGGUUUAGAGUGAUAUUAUACUUAAGUUUUGGGUGAAAAUGUAAAUACUGUUUUUUGUGGCACAGAAGACAAUGUCUAGAUAUGGUAUGAAAUAAUGGACUUGCUAUUGUGUA